AUGGAUGCAUCCGGCUUAGACUCGCAGCAGCGGUCAGCACCGACUCACCAGCGUAGCGCAGUCCAGCGACCUGCGGCGCAGUGUCUCGGCAUGACGGCCCGGCGUAACAUCGCGCCACGUGUCCCAAAGCGGAUAUCAUCAGCUUGGCGGCUGACACACGAUUUUUGUGACAGCGUCGGCGACAUCUCCCUCCCUUGCCUUCGGCCCUAUCCUUAUAUCGGCGCAGCGUCGUCCAUCGCCCCGCAUUCGCUCGCGCCCUCAUAUAGCACCGCCUCCCACGCCGGCCCAGCUACAGGCGUAUAUCCGACAUCCACACGCGAUCGGCUUCAUUCUCUUUCCCUCACCACCAGCACUCGCCCGCAGCACAAUUUGAGGACCGCAGCGGUCAUGGCGAAAGCGAAGAGUCCAACGCCACAGGAGGUAUACCGCGCUCGCAAACAGCGCGAGGAGCAAGAGAAGCUGGCGCUGCUUCCGCCGGGGCUUGUUAACCAUGGCAAUACCUGCUUCAUGAACUCCGUUUUGCAGGGGCUGCUCGCAACACAGCUGCUAUCGCUGCUAGUGCACCGCUCACCCAUCCCACCAUCGAUCCAAGCACAUGCAUCGACUCUACUGGACCCCCGCCGCUCGCCGCAGCUGAUGAAUGGGGAGCGGAACUGGGGAGUGCCGAUGCCGGUGGGUGAGGCGUUUCUGGGGGUGAUGACGCGUGCAUGGGAGGCAGAGUAUGCGGGGAGACGGGAAAGCAUGAGCCCCAAACCGAUCCUUGCCGCGCUGGGCAAGAAAUACGACCAAUACCUCGACUUUGCGCAGCAGGAUGCCCACGAGUUUCUCCGCAUACUCCUCGACGCAAUGGGCAUGGAGGAGCUCGAUGCUAUAAAAAAGACGGCUCCGCCCCAGCCACAGUCCAUCUCCAAGCGCCGCCGCCGAGUAUCUGUCCCCAAGCCCGCCGACGAUGCCCCCAUGUCGCUCGCAGACAUGAUCUUCGGGGGGAAGCUGGCAAGCAUCCUCGUGUGCCAGAAGUGCAAGCACGUAUCACACACGUACGAGGCGUUCAACGACCUUAGCCUGAGCAUCAAGUCGGAGGACUACCAGGGCGCCAAGAAGCGCGACCGCUUCAAAAACUUUGCGAAGAAGCUUGCGGUCUCCGUAUCGCUGGGGGGCAGUGCGUCGAGUUUGGCGUUGGAGCCACAACCACCGAUCCCCAGACCGAGCUCGGUGCCGCCCAGUCCGGCGCCAAGGGAGGGCGAUGCGUUUGCGGAUGUUGCCGCAGCGGAGGAGGGGAGAAGAAAGAGCUUGGAUUUGCCCCCGGAUGAGCACAAGUUCGAUGGAGAGCGAGUUGCAGAUGUGCCACCGGAAGACAGGCAUAUCGAGUUUGUGGAGCAGCCCAAGGUGGAGAAGAAGCCUUCAACGGAGAAGAAGGACAAGGACGACGAUGCCUGGACAAAGUUGGGCAGACGACUGAGUCUGGGACUGGGUAGCAAAGGCUCGAAGGACAGAGAACGCAAAGGGCGAUCGGCGGAGCGGGCCAGCAGGGAUCUCAGCUAUGCAGCGUUGAGGCCAAACAGUCUGUCCGCGGCCCCCCGCUCAGGCAGCCCUGACACGCGGCUUUCUCCAGGUCCGUCGGGCACAACCACACCGAAGUCCAGACCAACGACACCCUCAACUUCUCCGUUGACUGCGCAGACAUUCACGGUGUCUCCUCCACCCGCAAAAGCUGAUUCCCUGCCACCACGCAGCAAAUCGCCGAAACCACCAAAGCCCACACCCGGCGAGGCGGCCUACCUCCGGCGGAUCCUCGCCGACGUCGCAAGUGGUAGUGCCGGAGAUGCUGCUGCCGCCUGGCUCAAACUCGGGGGCGGUCUACCCGGGGUCGAAGAAUGUCUGCGGAUGUUCACCGCAGUCGAAGUGCUCGACGGGGAGAACAGCGUUGGUUGUCGCCGAUGCUGGAAGAUUGCGAAUGGGCAGUAUGUUCCCAAAGUCCGCCCACCGGAUGACUGUGGCCCGCCAGAGGAAUCCGAGGACAGCGCGGACAAUGCCGACUCGCCUGUGGUGACCACACCCAUCGGCAGCCCGCACCCGCACCCGCACCGGCCGCCGCUCCCAAUGUCAAUAUCCACACCCGCAAUUCCGGUGUAUUCACGCUCGACACCGGAAUCGACGUCGUCGCUACCGCUGGUCACGCCGCCAAGUAGUUCCUCUGACUCGGCGGUCGCAUUUGACGAUUCGGACACCAUGACCCCGCCGUCGUCCGCGAGCUCGGUGCAUUCUCUGCCCUCGGCCGGGGAGGAUGAGGAGCCCGCGACGCCGCCCGCGACGCCGGCGCACGUGACUAUCAUCCCGCCGACGCCGAUUACGGGCGGCGCGUUCGACGUGACUGUGAGCGUCACGGACAGCGAUGGGCAGCCGGCGUUGGACGCGAUUGAGGAGGGUGUGGAGCCGAAACCGGCGGGGCUGCACCCGCCAAACCACCAUAACCGCGGAUUAUCUGACGAGAGUUCGGAUGGGAGCUCGGGCGAUGAGAGCGACGUGUCUGUUAUCUCUGCGAAGGAGGUUCCAGCCGAUAAGACACCCCCUUCGCUGGCUCCGAAGCCGAAGAAGACGCCGAAGCCUGUGCUGAUGCAGCCCGCGUACAAGCGGUACCUCAUCGCGCACCCGCCGCCCGUGCUCGUGAUCCACCUCAAGCGCUUCCAGCAGCUGUCAAAGCAUAAAGCUUACAUGUCGUUCUCCACUGGCUUCAAGAAGCUGGACGACUACGUCGCGUUUCCGGAGCGGCUCGACCUCGCGCCGUACCUCGCGCCGAAGAAGGAGGACUACGGCCUCCGGCGGGGGAAGGGGAAGGGCAAAGGUAAAGGGGAGGGGGAGGAGGGGUGUGUCUAUCGGCUGUACGCCGUCGUCGUGCAUAUCGGGAAUAUGCUCGGUGGACACUACAUCUCCUACGUCGCCCUACCCGCAGCGGGAGAAAUCCCUCGGGCUGGCACCGGCGUCUCGCCCCCCACGACGCCGCGCUCGCCUGCUACCCCAGGUUCGCCGCCAGCUGCGGGCAAGGACGCGCGGCAGUGGGCGUACAUCAGUGACACCGUCGUGCGGCUCACGACGCUCGAGGAGGUGCUCAAGGCGAAGGCGUAUAUCUGCAUGUACGAGCGCGUGUAG